CUAAAUAAUAAAACUAAUAUUUUCUUACAAAAUUUCCCUCUAAAACAAAAUUUUCCUCUAAAACAAAAUUGGGAACAAAAUUUCCAGACAAAAUUUCCCACAAAAUUACGAACGAAAUUGGGACAAAAUUUCCCUUGCUCGCCGACUACCAUUGUCCUCAGACAUCUUCGCAGUCAGAGUGCUCUUCACCAACCGCCAUUGUCCUCAGACAUCUCCGCCUCCGCCGACCGCCAUUCUCCACACUAGCCAUCUCCGCAGUAAAAACAUUUUAGUUUAGAAAUCAUUACAGAGCUCCAAGUGAAAGAAGAUAUACUAGGGUUUAACCAUUCCUCCUCUCUUUUCUCUCUUCAUAUCUGGAAUCUCAGAAAAUUAUCGAUUUCUGCAAACUCAACUUUCAUGGCUUUCAAUUGAGAUCUCCGAAGCUCCUCCUCGGUCGUCGCCUCCGCAGCAGGUACGUACAAAAUGUUUUUGUAAUUAUUUAAUUUUUCUAUUUUAUUUUAGCAGAAGCAGCUACUAGCCAAGGGGUCGUUGGUUGAGGACCUGAGGUGUGCACAGACGAAGAAGGCUUCACGGGAACGUGGUUUGGGGCCGUCAUUCUUGACCCUAAUCCUCCUCCUCCAUCUUCUUCUCCUUCUUCCACUACAUGAUUCGGUUCCAAAAAGAAGAACGCCUUUGGAACGCCAAGGUCUACAUCGAUGUUUUCUUUAAACAUGGGAAGAAGGAGAGGCUGCUCAAUCACUCAGAAUUAAGACCUCACAUGGAUUGGAAGGAUGGAAAAUGGUAUACUUCUCAGAUGCUAUUUAUUAGAUUGUGGUGAAAAGGUAUUUUUUUGGGUUGGCCGUGUAACACAAGUGAAUGAGAGGAAAUCUGCUAUUCAAGCUGCAGAGGAGUUCAUAGACUCUCAAAAUAGACCCAAAUCGAUGUGUAUUACUCGGCUUAUUCAAGGUUAUGAGACACAUUCAUUCAAGUCCAUUCAUUCGCCCUUCGCCCAUUACCGCAAGCUCGCCGGUCGCCACCAUUCUCCUCGGUCGCCGCAAGGAUUUUUGCUGAAUAUGCAUAUUCUGAAUUCUCUGUUGGACUGAGGAGAAUUUCAUGCAAAAUGACUUCAAAAGACAGCAGAGGUGAAUCAGGUGAUAUUUUGAUUUUCGACCUUAAAAGCAAAAGAUUAAAAAGUUUCAAAAUGGGAGUAGUCAGUUUAAGUUAGAAGUCUGUCAUUGUAUUUGUUCAAAAUGGGAGUAGUCAGUUUAAGUUAGGGUUUUCCUAAAUACAGAAGAAUAAAUAUUUUUGAACUUAAUGUAAAGAUUUGUCAGUAUAAAAUAAUAUAUGUAGGAAGUUUUAUAGCCUA